AGAAAUACAAGUCCCAGAGUUCAGCGCGGGGCGGAGCGUGACCUAAGCGUGCAUCCAAACCAUGGCGUUGUAUAGCUCUGUGUGACAGGUUAGCAUCCAAAAAACACCUCCGGGCAGACGCGUCUGCGCACUAAUCUGCUGCCGACCGCGACGGUGUGGCGACAAUUAAGGAUGGGGUCCCGAAUCAAAGAGAACCCCGAUUCCACUUUUGAAGUGUAUCUGGAAGUUUCCCAUCCAGGCACACACAGCUCUGGGCCGGAGGUGAAAAGGCAGUACCCAGUAGACUACACAGACCAGGAAACUCUUCAGACUGUGCCCAAGUUCUGCUUCCCUUUCAGCAUGGACAGCCUGACAGUCAACCAGGUCGGCCAGAACUUCACAUUUGUGUUGACUGACAUUGAGAGCAAACAGAGAUUUGGCUUCUGUCGCCUCUCCUCGGGUGCUCACACCUGCUACUGCAUUCUCAGCUACCUGCCGUGGUUUGAAGUUUUCUAUAAACUGCUUAAUAUCCUUGCAGAUUACACCAUCAAAGGCCAGGAAAGCCAGUGGCAAGAGCUUUUGGUGUCACUACAUACGCUCCCUAUCCCUGAGCCCGGAGUCCCUGUCCAUCUCGGUGUGCAUUCCUUCUUCACUGUGCCUGACACAGGGGAACUCCCCAGCAUACCUGAGAGUAGAAACCUAACAGAGUACUUUGUAGCAGUAGAUGUCAAUAACAUGCUUCAUCUGUACGCUAGUAUGCUUUAUGAACGUCGAAUCCUCAUCUGCUGUAGCAAACUAAGCACUUUAACAGCUUGUGUCCAUGGGUCUGCUGCCAUGUUGUAUCCAAUGCACUGGCAACAUGUUUACAUUCCUGUCCUGCCACAACAUUUAUUAGACUACUGCUGUGCCCCAAUGCCCUACCUCAUUGGAGUACAUUCAAGCCUGAUGGAGAAAGUUCGAGGGUUGGCUCUGGAUGAUGUGGUGGUCCUGAAUGUUGACACAAACACCCUGGAAACGCCCUAUGAUGACCUCCAAAGCCUUCCCAAUGAUGUGGUAUCAUCUUUAAAAAGCCGCUUGAAGAAGGUUUCAACAACAACUGGGGACGGUGUGGCUCGAGCCUUCCUCAAGAGUCAGGCAGCUCUUUUCGGCAGCUACAGAAACGCCCUGCAGAUUGAAUCGGGUGAGCCAAUAACAUUUAAUGAGGAAGCCUUUGUGAACCAUCGUUCCAGUGCCAUGAGACAGUUCCUCCUGAAUGCCAUCCAGCUGCAGCUUUUCAAACAGUUUAUUGAUGGUCGGUUGGACCUGCUGAACUCAGGAGAAGGUUUCAGUGACAUCUUUGAGGAUGAGAUCAACAUGGGUGAAUAUGCGGGCAGUGACAAGACCUACCACCAGUGGCUGUUCACUGUGAAGAAAGGGGGCGGGGCUAUCUUCAACACCGUGAAGACCAAGGCAAACCCGGCCAUGAAGAAUGUUUACAAGUUUGCUAAGGACCAUGCCAAAAUGCGUAUCAAGGAAGUCAAGAGCCGGCUGAAGCAGAAGGAGCAUGCAGAAAAUGGCUUCCCCACCGCAGGGCCAGCAGUCAUCGAUGACGACAACACAGCAGGCUUUACCUCCUCCACUGGCUCAGUCAGGAGGGAGGGACCGCUACGAGCCUUGGACAACCACAGGCCAAUCACUGUGCACUUUGGACAGGCUCGCCCACCAAUGCUGUUAAAGAGACCGAGCAGCAAUGUGAGUCUGGAGAGCAGCGUUGACCACUCUAUCCGUCCUACUCGUCACUACACAGUCUUUCUCUCUGAGGAUUCGUCUGGGGAUGAGCUCCAGUACGACGAUGAGUCCAUCUCUGCGUUUCCUGACAGCUUUCUCUUCUCCGUUCCCUUUGAGUGGUCGCCUCUACCACAGCCAUACCGCUCCCUGAAGGAGGUUGAGUUGAUAGAAGGGGACGAUCCUGGUUUUGGGGCAGAAAGUCACACAGCUCCUCCCAGCCCAGUUAAUGAGAAGUUCUCCAACAUCAACCUGCUCGGUGAUAUUUUCGGCUGCCAGGAUGAGCCUGACAGCCAACCAAUGACCUUGGCUAAAAGUCUUGAGGACCUGAGGACUCCCAAAGACACUGAGGAGCUACAACCCAAGUUCACCUACCAGCGGAUGGACCCGAGUCUGGGUGAACACUCACGAACUCUUCCAGGUCUGAAGCUCUCCAACCCUUACAAUAAACUGUGGAGUAUAGGGCAGGAGGAAACAGCCCAGCCUGUUUGUGUGCCUCUGACCUGCGAUAGACCUCCAUCUGUCCAACUCCCUGUACCGACAGAGCCCCACUCUCCGAGCCAUGACAGCUCUGGCCAAGGCCUGGAUCCUUUGGACCCUUCCACCCCAGGCAACAUCACCAUUCCACGCCCACAUGGAAGAAAGACACCAGAGCUUGGCAGUGUCCUAGCACCACCUGUGGCACGCUCUAAACAAGCAGGAGUUGGGGAAGGAGGGACUACAUCAGGGGGACAGGAGUUUAGGCAAGCCCUGAGCAGGACCACAGAUGGAGACCUGCUUAAGCCCACUGAGGACAGUAUAGAUCUCAUAAGCCUUCUAGACCCCCUUAAAGGCUCAGCACAGACUAGUUCCACGUCACUAAGUGAUGGGGUAGAUAUCGGUAUGCCGUCAUCUACCUCCAAACCAACACAACCACCCAAGUCCUACCCACAGGGCUUGCCCCCUUUCCCACUACAUCCUCACAUAUCACUCAACCCAUUUGCUCAGUCUCUGCACCACACUUCCCCUCAAAUGCAUUACUCACCAGCUGUUAGUGGGAAUCCCUUCAGUGCAGUCUAUGGGCCUCCACCAGGAUCAUACAUACACACUCCAGCCCAGCAACAGUCCUUCUCUACACUACCAGGGCUCUACAGACAGCAUUCACCAGGCAGUUCAGCCCUUCCGCCCAGCUACGGACUGCUACAGUCAGCCUUCCCCUCCUCGGUCACCUCCCUGCCUGCCUCCUCUGCCAGCAACCACGCUCUGUCUAGCCUGGCAGACUUGACGUCUGUCCCUAGUACAGCCACGAACAAACUGGCUAAGCCAUUUGGUGCUGACAGAGACAGCCAGACAACUCAGGAUCCUUUUGGGGAUCUGCUGACUAUGGCCAAGCCCACUACACCCCCAAAAAAGAAGGUGGAUGACCUUCGGAGGAGGUGGGAGACAUUUGACUGAAAUCUGUGAAUAUGUACUGAGGUAUCCCUCUUUGUCACCACACGUCCCUCACUACUGUAUCAGGACCUUCUAAGUAGUAUAAGUCUAUUCUGCUUAUGUGACUCACAGUCAUGGGAGUUGAAGCUGAACUGUUGAGCUAUUAUUAAAGACAUUCUAAAGAAUGCAACUUCAGUUCUGUAAAAAACUGUCUAUUCCAAAAUAAUGAUUUUGCAUUGUAUGUAUUUUCAAACCAUGCUGAGGAGUGCAAAAGUGUUGAUGAAAAAUUCUGUGGGCUCAACAUCAAUAGGCAUUGUUAGCUAGCAAGCUAAGAUUAACAAAGGAACAUUACCUAAUUGGGCUUAGAUUAUUUCUACUGCAAGCUAGCAGUAAAGCUACUUUUAAGACAGCGAGCAGUUGCUGUCGCCACUUCCAUUGUUUCUAGAGUCAAGUCAGCAGCUGAGUGUGAAUGUGUAGAUAUUUGCCACUGCAGUCUGAGUUGAUGAUAGCUUAACAUUUUCAAACUGUGUUCACUAGGAGGCCAGCUGACAGGGCCCUGUUGCCCACAGUGACUCGCCCAUCUCCAUGGCUAACUUGGUUACUUGCAAAGAGCAGAUAGCAUGGCAGCUGGUUGAUACAGCCAUAGAAAGUGACAGUAAAGAGUAUAGUGAGCAGCAUUUAUCAGUUGUCCUGCCCCCCGGAGCUACCUUGAGUUUCUGUUGAUUUCUUACAAAUGACACUUUAAUCCUACCACAUGCUCCUUUUCACUUUUUGAUGAGAUUUUAGUUGAGGGAUAGUAUCAGUCUGUAGCAUAUGGUACUGCUUCCGUCUCUUUGAAACAUAUACUGGAACUGUUAUCUGUCUGUAGCAAGCAAACUUUCACACACUGUCUAACGUGCCGAAAUACAUUUGUUUGCGAUGUUUAGGUUUAGUCCUGGAGCACCAUUUUCAAUGUACUUGUGCAAGUUGGACAGUAUGCAGGAGGAUUUCUGUUUGAACCGUUUGCUGUCUGAAAGCCCCUCAACUCACAGGCUAAAACUAAGUUACUAUCCUUAAGAUUUUCAUUAUACCAUGAGCCAAUUAUUCUGUUGAUGGUCAGAAAAUUCUGAGCUACAGUCAUUGAAUGUAUUGUCAUUCUGUAAUUACUUCUCUAUAUAGUUGUUUUUAUAGUUAUUUCGGGAGUUUGUCAAGAUUCAAACAGUAUUCCCACACGAAAGGGAUUCACAGGAAACUAUGCAUGCACUUACUAAACUUGAAGCAAAAGACAAUACUGGAUCAUUGGUAUGCUAAUGAUUAUAUUUAUGAUCGAAUAUUCAGUUGAUUGUUUUUUAUGAUUGAUUUAGUCUGUAAAAUAUAAAAAAAAAAACAUGUAAAACAAUAUUGAUCAACAGCUAAUCCUUUAUCAUAAUAGUUAGCUAUGAAUUGUCUUUGGAACUACAGAUACCAUCAGAUGCCAGAUGUUAACUGACAUAAUGAAUCCUCACAGCUGUGCUGUAGGCUGAUACCAGGAGUUCCUCCUCUACUACACUUCUGACAGGGUAGCUGCUCACUGGAUAUUUACUGCCAAGUUAUUACUUGCCUUUACCACUACAGGCCCCAAAUCAACCAUGAAGAAAUCUUUGCAAUCUUAAGUAAAAAUCAAUAGCUUUUAUUACCAACAUGUAGUUAGUAUGUGCUGCAUUCAUGUAUGAUGAAAUCGUUUUUUACUUUUGUGUGUGUGUGAUUUAUAACCUUUGUUCUAGACUGACUGAAUGACUCUUUGUGUGUUGUGCAUGAGCAUCAGAGAUAAUGUAUGAUUUACUGCAACAGAAGGUCCUGAUCCAGGUGAUAGGAAUGGUCAUGUGGUGACACCCUACACACACACACACACACACACACACACACACACACACACACACACACACACACACACAUUCCCUCCCUAAUACCAUCCGCUGUGCUACUGACCAAUGAAAAAUACAAGUGUGUCUGAUGAACAAAUGGACAUGAACUGAACCGACUCUAGCUGUCAAAGGAUCGACUAAAUUUAGGUGUUUUGUUAAUUUACCCGCUACCCCACCCAGGAAAUCUCUCUUGAAACAGGCCUUGCUUCCAGAUGUUCAGAUGCCAACAGUUUCUCAGCCCAUUGCCGCUCAUUAACAAGUUAACACAAUUCUUUACACGGCAGCCUCCUGUGUCUUCUGUCUUAAACGCCACCACAUUAGCAAAGUGCUCAGUAUAGAUUUGUGACUAUAAAAAUAGCACGCAGUAUUUCAUGUCACACUCACAACAUCAUGUGUCCCACUGAUGUCAACUUCCACGAUUAGCUUGUGUUGUUACCCGUAGUCUGCUAUAGUUGAUGAAAAUCCUAAUGGUAUUAUGGUAGCUACAGCGUGUGGUGCAUCUCAGUCAUGCAGUUAGUUCACCUAUCGAUGUUUGUGGUAGGGCAGUGCUUUUGUUUUUCUGUUUGUUUCUUGGCCUUCAUGGUGAAUCCCAUCUCUGGCUUCUCACUGACCUGUGAACAUGUGUUGCCUCCUUCUGUUUUAUAAAAAAAAAAAAAAAAGAAACUUUUUAAGAAAACCUGCAAGCCUACAGUAGACUGUAAUGUCCCUGAAAUGAUUUUAAACAUUUCUGUCUGAUUAAAUAUGAGGACUUUUAAACAC